AUGGCCAAACAGUCAAGCAGUUUAUCGGAGCCCCAGGUGGCCGACUCAGAGCGUGUAGCGCAGUCCGACUCGGAGUUCCAGGAUGAUCUGUCGUACCGCCAUGUGAAUCUGGAGAGCGAAGACGAGGAGGAUUUCGAUGCCUUUGUGCAGAAGUACGGCGCAGUGAAAGUGCAGUACAUAAAGAAGCCAAAAGUCCGCUCAUGGUUCAUUAAUAAGCCUUAUGCACUUAAUUUCUUCUACAACGGAACGCUCUACCGCACGAGAUCCGAGCGUGGCGAAAGUGGCAAGGUGGAGUUGUUCCUGGACCUGCUCUACGUGGGAAUUGUGGCAAAACUGGCCGCGUCCGCUACACAUGAGCCCACCGGCACGUCCUUGCUCAAGUACGUCUUGUUUUUUGCGCCGAUUUGGCAGGUUUGGUCCGAUAUUAAGGAUUUCAUGAACUACUAUUUCAAUGAGGACCUGCUCCAGAAAAUCUACAUCCUGUGGAUUCUCGCGCUCCUGCUGGUGUACACCAACGGCACAAACUAUAUGCUGGAGUCCAACAAGGCAAAUGCAACUGUUGUGGUUCCCUACAUUUUGUGCCGUCUCUCGUUGGGCAUCAGCUUGUUAGUAUAUUCUGUCUACGUCCCCCAGCACCGGCACCAAAAUAUUUUGUACGGCUCGCUGAUAAUCGUCACGUGCUGCUUGUGGAUCCCCGUCAUCUUCGUUUCUGUGCGUGCCAAGGUCGGCCUCAGCUUCAUGAACCUGUUCCUGGAAAAUGCCUCCUGGUGCGUUUCGUACCACCCUUACACCAAGAAGCUGCUCAAGCUGAAAUACAGCACGGCCAUCAACAUCGAGCACGAGGUCGAGCGGUUCGGCGCGUUCUACGUUAUCGCCAUUGGCGAGUUCCUGUACAAUAUCGUCGCCACCACAGCCGAGCGCAAUUUCGGUGUCGGCGUCACUGAGAAGAUAGGACGCGCCAUUAUCCUGCUUCUGAUCGCGUACUGCUUGCUGUGGCUUUAUUUCAACGGUGACGGCUCCAAGCGCGCCGUGCACGCGUGCCGCCGGUCAGGAAACACAGCCUUCCUAUGGUUCUUCCUGCACAUGCCGCUCAUCUCCUCGCUGAUACUGUGUGCUGACGCUGCUGCCGAUCUCUGCUACGAGGACGAGAUCGAGAACAUCGGGCUCUCGUACUACUUCACGGGGGCACUGUGUGUGUCGCUGUUCUGUCUGUACGGCCUGGCGAUUCUGGACAAGUCCAUCGACGACGAGACCGGCGGCGAGGGCCGCAACUGCUCUAGACACUAUCUACCAAAGUUCUGGAGACUGCUGCCAAGACUGCCGGUCGGAGUCAUCAUAGUGUGUCUGAGCGUUGCAAAGCUUGAGAUCACCAAGCUUUUUGGCACAACAAUGGCGCUGCUGGUGGCGCUGCUGGCCUACGAGAUCGCCAUGAGCAUGGACUCCAGCUGGUGA